AUGGAGGCCAACUCAUCAGCGGCCGAGGAGCCUUCGCCCGCGCCCAAAUCUUCUGCGUCGAAGCGUGGCCAAAAGCUUGCCCUUCGCGGCAAGGAGGGAGAUGACGACAAGACCCCGUCCAAGACAGCGGCCAAGAAGAGCACCGUGAUUGUGUUUGACGACGACGAGAUGAGCAAACCUGUGGUGAUUAAGAAGACUGUCGCAAAGCCCGCCGCGCCUGUGGAGGACGAGGACGAGGAAUCGAGCGACGAUGAGGCGCCCGAGGCUGUUUCGACAACCAAGGCUGCGACUGAGAUUAAGUCUGCCGCCAAGGCUACGCAAAAGGCUGCUCAAGAACAAGCUACAGCACAGAAGCGAAAGCGCCAGGAGCGCGAUGCCUUGCUCAAGAAGCAAGCCGAAGAGCGCAAGAAGAUGGAGGAGGAGGCGCGCUCCAGCCUUGCUUCCGAACAAGAAUCUAAGAGCCUCGUCGCCGCUCGUCCGCCUAAGGCGGCACGGAAGCGCGGCGGCCAGGUCGACAUCCCCGAUACGCUGCCCGCCGAGUUCCUCACCGACUCGUCUGGAGACAGCGGCAGUGAGGCCGACGAUGCCACGGCCCGCCGCUCUAAGCCCAAGCGCAGAAAGGUGGCCGCCGUGGAGCGCAGCCUCACCCGCCUGGACAAGGGCCCGCGCGACGCGACAAUCGGGUCGACGGUGUACCAGGUGGCCAAGAAGACGGACGGCCGCAUGGCGCCCAAGGUCAAGCAGUACUCCAAGAGCACCAAGGAGCUGCUCCUGAAGAGACAGCGGGCGCCUGCGAAGCCCCGUGGUGGCUUCCUGGCCAAGAGAUGA